GAAGGUUUAGAAGGUGUAGAGCGAAUGUCUCAUUCGUGGUCCUUGUUUACACUUGACAGCUCACCAGGCGACAUUGUCUCACCAGCAGAGGACUGUAAGGGUGGAGUGUGAACCCCUGAGACAAAGUGUCGCACCUCGGUAGUGAAGGAACAAUGCAGAAAAAACGGUCUGCUGUUUGGAGACAUUUUGAGGAGGAGGGGGAUAACAAAGUAGCUUGUAGGACGUGCCAUAAACGACUCACAAAGCAUGGAAACACCUCUAUGAUGAUUCGCCACCUCCGAGGGCAGCACCCAGAGUUGAUGCAUUGCCAGCUGGAUGCUGAGGGACCCACUGUAACUGGGGAAGGUGUUUCAUGGCAGAUAGAAGAACAACAAGUGGAUGAUGUAGUGGAAUCACUUCCUUCUCUGGAUAAUUCAGUGAAGAAGAAAAGGUCGACAGUUUGGAGACACUUUCAAGAAGAGGGAAAUGACAAAGUUAGCUGCAGAAUAUGUAAUGAAAAGUUGGCCAAGCACGGGAACACCUCAUCAAUGCUGCGUCAUCUCCGUGGCAAACACCCACAGCUCAAGUUAGGGGAUCUCCAGGGAGACAGGAAGUUAAAUCGCUUGCAUCUUCGAUCAAGCAACUCGGAGACAAGAUUUUUGUCUGUGUGUGAAAGAUUGUUGCGUCAUAAUCAGCUGACUGACUGUACCCUUGUAGCUGAUGGUCAAUUUGUUCAAGCUCACCGACUGAUCUUGGCUACGUGCAGUGAAAGUUUUGAAGACAUUUUUAAAACUGUGACAAAUGCAAACCCAGUUAUUGUACUUCGGGACAUUACAAUUCAAGAACUUCGUGGUUUGAUCAACUAUAUUUACAAGGGUGAGACUCUUGUAAAAUCAAGUGAGCUUCCAGGGCUCCUUAAAGCAGCAUCACAGCUUAAAAUUAAAGGGUUAAGCCAAAUGGGGCUGGCAGAUUCAUGGUUGGAAGACUCGAGAGCCUCUGGAGGCCUCCACCAGCAACACAUGGGUGCCACCACUAAGGCUGAUAUGACCUUUUACCAUGAGGAGGACCCUGGUAUGGAUGAUUUAGACGAUGAUGAGGUGGACGAGCAUGUUGGUCACAGUGCCCAAGGUGAGAGAAAAAAGUCUGGAUCAGCUUUAGAUCUGAUGGCAAUGUGUGAGGAGGUGGAGCUGGAGGAGACACACACGGGUGGACUGGGAACCCCAGAGGAUGACACUAGAACUAUGAAGAGAGUACAGAUCAAACUUGAACAUGGUACAAGUGUUUCAGACUCUCAUGUUCAAACUUCAGUUGAAAUUUCUCCUAUGACUAGUCACCUUCACCAACAUCAAAGUCAUCAAUCUGCUACUGAAUACUUAACAACUGAAGAAGAGGUUGACAUCCACAAAGAGUCCAUUGAAAUGCGUGAAGAUCACAGAUCUGCUGCAACGAGAGCAACAAUCCGUAUAAGUCACGAUGAUGAUGAUCCACUGUCACAUGCAGUGAAAGUAACCGAAGCGAGCGAAGAGAUGGGAGAUCAAAAUAUGUCCAGCAUCUUGACCACUUCAGGAACUAUGAUGCGAAUGGGAAGUGCUCAGCAUGUACCCACAUCUGUUCAGAGCACUAUAGAUGUGCAAGAUGAUGGAGGCCUUAUCCUUCUUGGAUUGGCUGGUGGAGAGCCGCAGAAUCGUGUUUAUGCUGCUGGAUCUUCUCAGUCAUCAACACCUCUAGUUACAGAUUCUAUGCGACCAACACCUCCGCGGCGCAUUCGAAAGUACUCAAAGCACGACCUCAUAACUGCACUGAAUCUUGUUCGUGAUGGACAUCUUGGGAUAAAGCCAGCUGCCCGAGCCUUCAACAUUCCUGUAGCUACACUGUACAAUGUUACCAAGAGACACAACAUCUCCAGCCCCAUGCAGCAGGGAGCUAAUGAGAAAACCUGGCGAGGUAAAGGUUCUCUUCUUGUUAGUACUGAUGGUAGACAUUUCCAGUGUUUGCCAUCUCGCUCUCCAAUGAUUCCUGAGUCAACUUAAACUGGCCUUUCAUUUUUGUUCAAGUGCAUGUCAUAAACCAGUGCCCACCAUAUUGCCAGACCAUAAUGUGACUUCACAUCUCAUUAGUAGAACCAUGUUAUGAGUUGGCUGUCAUAUUAGUAUUUUUCUGCAGAUGGAGCAUCACAAUGUUGAAGCGGUUGUAAUUUUCGUUCGUUAUACUUGAUAAUGUUUACGUACUUUGAAAGGCAUAGUAUAUGACAGAGUACAAAUACACGUUUUGUAUAAAAGUAUCGGACAACAGUAUUGUUUAGAUUCUUCCUCUCAAAACCUGAAGAUGGCAUUAGUCUUAACCUAAGAGGUAAUUCAUAUUUUGUAUUGAUAGGAGUUAUUUUUCCAAACAUUAAAAACAUAGAUCUAACAUUGAUCUAGAAACAAAUGUUAAUUAUCCAUGUGCAAGCUGUUUUCUUGUUUUGGUGUUAUCAUUCAGUGUUAAAUAACAGAACUUAUAUUUAUGAUAGCUUUGUGGUGCAAUAAAUGGUAAGAUGACUAAGUUUGAUGCAAGUACAGUAGAUGUUAGCAUUUGGGUGAGCAGCUUGGUAAAGGUGAAAUUUGAGAGAUGCAAUUGUGAGUUGCAAUUUAGUAAAGAUGAAUUGAAGCCUAGAAAAAUAAGUGAUGUGAGAGAUGUAUGCAAGUGUAAGUUAACGGAGUAUGUGAGAAGUAUAUUCAUGUAUAGUUGCAGGACAAAACAUUAGUUUUCAGAGACCGUCAAGCUGUCAGUUCAGUGUGAUAUAUUUAGUACAAAUAUAAAUUGGAUUUAAAGAAAAUAAAAAUUGGUUAAUUGCAAAGCCAAACAAUUCUAAGCCAUGUAAUAAAUAUAAUAAUAAACUUAUUUAAUUUUAAGUUAAAAAUGUCUACUGUGACUGUAAAAUGUUAUGUAUAUUUGAUUGAUUUAAUCAUUUGUUUGAUAUAAUUAUUAUAUAAACAUUUGGUAUAUAUAUUAUUAAUACAAACUGUAUUCAGCUUAAUGCUGUAAUUUUUUUUAUUUCCAUAUAUAAUUAUUCAUAAUAAAGUUGUUUUCCCUAUGAUUACUAAAAGUGAUAGUAAAGUACUUAGUCAUUAUAGGCCCAGUAUAGGGUAUGCAGUAAGGGAAAAUAAGAAGUUGAUGGUUGAGAUUUUUGCAGGAUAAGAAACUGGACAUAGUAAUAACACUCGCCAUUUGCUCGCUUCAACACUAUAACUUCACUCAUGGUUGUGCUUGCCUACACCUCAAUGCCCACAACACAUUUACUUUCAUAAUUGUUUUUGAUAUUAAAGGCCAGUGCUUUUAUUAUCAACAUUUAACUUGUGAAGGCCCAUAUAAUAAUGACUAACAUAUACCAAAAUUUUAUUUAUAAGUAAAAGUUGGAGACUCUUUGGGAUGAAAUUGUUCUCUCUCGUUUUCCUUUAUCAUGUGCAUGCAGAGCUCACAGAUUUUGAGCCUUCAUGUUUCUUCACUCUUCUUCUCCCUGUCUGGGUUUUUUAAUAUUCAGUAAUUCAAUACCUAUGUCAGGAAAAAAAUCUUCAAAUUUCAGCAAGACUUUGUUAUUUAGGCAAAGAAAGAUAAUGCUUCAUUACUGUACUGUACUUAUAUUUUCUCUGAAUAACAUUUAGCUGCGGUAUUUCAUAGUGACAUUUCUCCUCGUACAGUAGUUCAUCUCUGUACAGUACUUUAAAGCACAUUUUGUGUAGGCAUUUUCCACAAUUCCCUUAAUUUUACGGAGCUAAGUCCCGAGAAAUCCAUGUAUACAUAUAUCAUUAUUAUACAGAGUAUAUCAGAAAUGUUGCAUAAUAUUGUACUGCUAAUAUUCUUUGUAGAACAUCUGUUGUUUAAAAGCAGAAAGAGCUUGAUUACAAAUUUGUAUACUUGAAUAUAUGAGCUAAUUAUUCUUCAGUAACUAGAACCAUUAAGAAAUAUAGUACAUAUCUUAAAAAAAAAAAAUAUAUAUAUAUAUUUUUUUUUUUUUUAAAGAGAUAGAGAUAUAAAUGAUAAUUUAUCAGUGUGAAUACAGUGUGGGGAAAAUUUUGUUUGAGCUCAGACGGGCUGGACACCCCAUAAAACACGAUUCAACAAAUAUUUACACAUCUUUUCUCAAUCUUUGGUGGCUUUACAUCUAUGAAACAGUUUACGAGCAUUUUAACUUGAAUCAAAUGUUGUUAUUGUUAUAAACAACCUACUGGUGCUUGGGAUCUUAUAAACUGUGUAAUACUGUACAUGUAAACAAAGCUGCCAAAAAUUGAGAAAAGAUGUAGAGGUUGAUAAGUGCGUGCAUAACUGCUUGAUGACGCCUGGUCCAGGAUAGUUGCACCAGGUAUACCCUGCUCUUCUGUGCACCUGCUUUAUAUACUCUGUGACAAUUAUUAUUAACUUAAGCCAUAGGCUAAAUAUAUUGUUACAUUUAACUUAAUUUAUUCAAUUUAUAUUUUAGUAAUAAUUGAAGGCCACUGAUCUUGGUAGUACAGUAUGCAGAAUAUUUGUUUAGUGAUAUGAAUUACUAAGUUUUUGGUACAUUAUUUACAUUUUCAUGUGUGAUGAGAGAAAAAUUUUCAGCUGCAGUUCUCACAGAUUAUCACAUUAAUUUAUCUUUUUGAAGAAUUAAUGCCAAUAGCAUCGAAUGCAUACACAAUGGCAUUGAUAAUUUUUACUAACUUUUUGGCAUUUUAUUUUUAGUUAAUCUCAAAUUAGUAAUUCAUCUCAUAAAGCUACAAAAACAUUUAUCCUACUUUAAUUAAUGUAACUAUUAAGUAAGGCUCCUGUUCUUGUGGUCAGUGGAUUUGGCCUUGUUAUAUGGUGGACUCCUUGUAAUAUAGUACUUCACUGUCUAUUUGAAUUGGAAGAUGAAAAUUAAAAUGUUAAUUUUCAGAUUGUUUAGAUUUAUUCUCGAUCAUUCAGCUUUGUAGGACAGUUUCCAUUUCUACUGAAAUAAUCCAUCAAGAUUUGAAGGAGCAUAAGUACAAUAAAAAACUUGAGCUAAUGUUCACAUUUUUCUAUACGUAUUAAGAUGCACUCUACUAGUCAAAAGGUUUUGUUAUAUAGAUCUUACAUUAAAUGUCAGAAUGUUGGUAAUGGCAUUGAGUACCAAGUACUUGAUGGCCAGUCUUAUAACAAAAGACAUUACCUGUGCACUGCUGCCUUACAUAACACGUAAGCUUGUAUCUACAGAGCAUUAUAAUUGUAGUAUAAGAAGGCUUUAAAAAAGUGCCUCAGGUGACAACUAAAUUAUUAGAUUGUUGUAUAAUGUAUUCAGAUUUUGGUUUAAAAAAUGUUGAAGUUAGCUGGUCACAGGAAUGUUGGGGAUCAACUGGUUACAGGAAUGUUGGGAUCAACUGGUUACAGGAAUGUUGGGGGUUAACUGGUUACAGGAAUGUUGGGGAUCAACUGGUUACAGGAAUGUUGGGGAUCAACUGGUUACAGGAAUGUUGGGAUCAACUGGUUACAGGAAUGUUGGGGGUUAACUGGUUACAGGAAUGUUGGGGGUCAACUGGUUACAGGAAUGUUGGGGAUCAACUGGUUACAGGAAUGUUGGGGGUCAACUGGUUACGGGAAUGUUGGGGGUCAACUGGUUACAGGAAUGCAUUUUUGUUUGAUUUAUUACAAGUACAAUAUUGUAAUUUUUGUGGGUAAAUUUUUUGCAUUGCAAGUUAAAAAUGAUGGCAACAAAUAACUAUUAUUCUGUAAACUUUGUUUAAGGUUAUCUGUGAACUGGGUUAAAUCUGCUACACGAAUGUAAAGUUAAAUGUCUAAAAGAUUUAUUGUUUUAUCAGAGAACUGUGAACUGUUGCACUAUUCAGCUACAACACGUGGACGUGAAAACUUGACAUUUGUUAAGGGACUGAAUUUUUGAUCUAAUGUAGUUAAUAAAUUAUAUAUAUAUAAUACAUAUAAUUUUGUUUUCAUGUAACCCAAGUUUUGAAAAUAAAAAUUUAAUAGUAAUAA